UAACCGCCGGCGUAUGUGACGUCAGGUUCAUUCGCCCCCCAUGUCAAGAAGAUACCAGCGGUAGGCAAGGAAACAUGUUGUUAAAAGAAUUUCGAAUUGUUCUGCCUAUGACAGUAGAGGAGUAUCAAGUUGCUCAACUCUACUCUGUGGCAGAAGCCAGCAAGAAUGAGACAGGUGGUGGAGAAGGCAUUGAAGUGCUGAAAAACGAGCCGUUUGAUGCAGAUAAUGCACCACCGGACAGUCCGAUGAAGUCUGCAUAUGGAACCUAUACAACUGGGCAGUUCACACACAAAAUAUACCAUUUACAGAGUAAAGUUCCUGGGUGGAUUCGGUUUUUAGCACCAAAAGGUUCUUUAGAAAUUCAUGAAAAAGCAUGGAAUGCUUACCCUUACUGCAGGACAGUAAUAAACAAUCCUGAUUAUAUGAAAGAAAAUUUUUACAUUAUCAUUGAAUCCAUGCAUUAUGAAGAUCGUGGUGAGACAGAGAAUAUACAUGAUCUGGAUAAUGAAGAUUUGAAGAAAAGGCAGGUUGUAAAUAUCGAUAUAGCACAUGAUCCUGUAAGAAGAGGGGACUACAAGGAGGAGUGGGAUCCGACUAAGUUUAAAUCGACGAAGACAGAUAGGGGAGCAUUAACAGGGCCAGACUGGAAGACUUCUGUCCGCCCAGUCAUGUGUUCAUACAAACUGGUUCGCUGUUACUUCAAGUGGUUUGGAUUGCAGAACAGAGUAGAAAAAUUCAUAAUGACGCAAGAACAGCGACUGUUCUUCAAUUUCCAUCGACAAGUGUUUUGCUGGACAGACAAGUGGUACGGCUUGACCAUGGAAGAUAUACGAAAAAUAGAAGAAGAAACCAAAAAGCAGCUAGAUGAGGCGAGACUACAGGGAGGUGUGAAAGGCACAACUGCAUCUGACGAUGAUUAGUAUGGGUGUGUCACAACCCGAUACACACAUUCAUACUGGAACAAAACUCUCACAUUAAACGUACAAGUGACUCAGUCGUAGUAAUUUUAAUGUCUCCAUUUGUACAAGACCGAUGCAUAGAUGUUGUUCUCACACACCUCGGACGUGUGACAUUUACCACAAAUCACGAGUUUAAUUCAUGGUUUCUUUUAGCUUUGUUAGGUCAAUAGAUGUUAUUGUAUAUUGGAUACGUUUUGACCAUUGACUUUAGAAUGCAGUUGGAAUAAGUGAUUUUUUCUAGUUUGAUUUGGUCGAAAGAUGAAUGCUCCCUUCACAUCGUGCUAUCUCAUUCUUACUAGCAAUAUGUUAUAUUUUAUUUAUUCUGCUUUGUUGUGUUACGUUUUAAAUGUAUUUUGUUUGGAGGAGCAAGUGUGGGAACUAUUCAUCGGUUGACCAGUCAAUAUUUGGUUAAAUACACACUAUCAACCCUAAUCAUGUGACAACCUGUCUUGAGAGGGCACUUGUCUAAUAAAAGCCAAUUUUUAAUACUCCGAGAUGUCUGUAUAACUAAUUUCGUCUUUAGGUUACACAAAUUGUCAUUAGGUCAUUGAUUUUAUAACUAACUGUAGAACUGGUAGAAAACAUGACUUCUUACAGGAUUGCAGUAGCAUGUUUGACAUAGAUGUCAUGGGUUAGUGUACCAUACUACAUAUAAUCGGUCUUCUAUUCUGUAAGUCUGUCUGUCUUACAGUUAUGAAUCAUAGUGUUGGUUAAUUGUGAUUGUCUGUGGGAAAACCAGACCCAAGUCACCAAUAGGAAUUCAUGCAUAAUGUUAUUUUAUUUCUUGUAUUACCAGUAUUAAAGGCAGAGCAGAAUCGCAUUUACCUGUACAGUUACAACAUGAUACAGUUGUGAAAUAUGUUUGUAAAAUCUCAAUUUUAUUUGUUGUACUUUGGCAGGGUUUUCUCAUAGACGGUCACAAAUAUCAUGCAGAUUUAGUAAUGAUUUUUAAAACAAAUCCUAGCUAAUCGAGUUGAAUAAAAUGUAAUGUAACAAAUCUUACUGUUAGACUCUGUGUUGUGACCGAUCCCUCAAGAUUCAUUCUUGCUAUUUGUUGUGUGAUGGCACUUGCAUGGUAAGUAAUAUUUUGAGGACCAGUAAUAAAAAAUAUUGUUUAUAGGGCUUGGUGCAUUCAAAAUGUUUAUUUUGAUUUUCUUUAAAAUCUCUUAGACUUAUUUUAUUAUUGUAGCAACUUAGUCAUUCAAACACUAUCAACAUUUAUCACCCUUGUGUAUAUGAAUUCUUGUUCAAGAGUACCUCAUGUAGGUUAUAAUAUCUGCAGACAGCCAAUAUGGAUUUGUAUAUUUUUGAUUUGUAAUAAAAGAAUAUUGAAAAUAGGAGUUAACUGACAAACUACAAGUUGAUCAUUCAUAGGUGCUUGAUGUGUAUACAGUUUUAAAUUAAGUACUGAUAUGAUUUACAUUACCAGUGAAAGAAUGUUUAGUUGCUGGGUUUUUUAUAUACUAUUCUGUAAUCCUAGAUAUAUAAAUCAUGGGAGUUAGAUAGGUGAGAGCAGUUACUCACUAGGGAAGUGAACAUUUAUUGCUUAAAGCAGGUCAGUUAUACAUGUACUGUAUUGUGUUGCUGAGUGAGGCUGGAUAAUGGGCAGGGAUUGGUUUAGUGAGUGUAGCACUGACCACAAUUAUUGAUGUAAUGUUUCACCAUCUUUAUUCUGAAUAGAACAGCUGGAAAGGCCUGCUUUUGUUUUAUAUUUCAUUUAAUGUUUAUGAAAAACCCAGACCUUUCAGGGCAAAUCCAUGUCUAUAGUUAAUGAAUUAUACGAGUUAAUUAUGGAGUUGAUGUUGUUUGAGAGUAACCCAGUGGUGAUAUGUAGGUAGGGUUGUUGAACCUUACACUUGUCCCCAAAUAACAAAGCAAUACAUUUUAUAAAUAAAUCAACAUAAAAUUUAAUGUUUAACCCCACCCACCCCCCCAAAUUCAGAUGAGGUACAUUGUUAUAUGCACAAAUCAUAACUUAAGACAUUGCUAUGUCAUAAGAUAUUUUAAUUGGUAGGUUAACGGUUUUUCUGCUAGAACAUUUAAACAUUACCAGCUCACCAUGGAAAGGGGGCUGCUAAUGAAGAAAAUAUGUGAUGGCGGCCAAUUAUUUUAGUUCAGUCGGCCCAUUCAUUCCUCACCAAAUUUGUUUACUACAGACCCAGACUAUGCAUGCUUGUAAUUUUUAAUGGAUUCUGUUCAUGUUAAUGUGCUUCAGAGUGUACUUCAUGCUGAAACAACUUGCGAUUAACAUGACUAUUGUUAAUAAUGGCAGCGAUUGUGUGUAUUUUCUGUUAGUGUGUAUUUCCGUGUGUGAACUGCACAUUCCAACAUAUAUAUAAGCCACUGUAAAACCGUUAAGGCUUCUUGCUUUGUCUUAAUAUUUGAUUAUAUGUUCAGUUAAUGUUUGUACUGAAAUGUGUGUUGAGUGUUGCUGAAUAUUCAUAAAUAUCGCUACUGUAUGGCUUGAUUUCUAUUGCCUAGUAUGAAAUCUGGCAAAAUUUAAUUUUUUAAUUUUUAAUUUUUUAUUAUUUUUCAUUUUUAAAAAGGCUGAAUUCUAAUGUCUGUGCCAUUGUGUAUGAAUGUUGUUGAACCAGCCAUAGAAUGAUUGAAAUUAUAGCAUAGUUAAUUUUGCUUAAAAUAUCAAAACCGUUAUGCAUCCAAUUCCAAUAGUUUAGUUAUACUUAUGCAGUUAUGAAUACGGUUUUCCCCAUGUUAUUACAUUCACAUACAUUUGGAAUCUUUGCAUCUGAAGUCCCCAACAGGUAUGUGAUUAAUUUUUCUGAGUUAUCUGCCCAUUGUAUGAUGUAAUUAUAUCAGUUUCCCACUUUUAUGAUUAUAUCCACAAGAUGUUGAUUUGAAACACAAAACAUUGGUUUAUAUCAACCAUAUUAAGAUAUUGAAUCCAUUUUGUACUAAUUACCAUGCAUGUAACCUUUUUAUCAAAUGAGCUUUGUAUGUCGGUCUGCAUCCCCGUGUCUCCCCCUCCACAUCCACUAAGUUUGGAUUAAUGAGGGUUUUUUUUUGGGUAAAAUCACACUUCUACUGUUUUCAUGAUGUACAGUAGGUGUUUUGUAUAUCCAGUUGCUAGAACAAAAAUCUCUAUACACAAUGUUCAGGCUUGGUAGAUAAACUGUCUAUGAAUCUGUGAUUACAGUUUGUUUCAAAUUGAUGGUAAAAGCAUUUAACAGAACCUUGUCAGCUUAGCUGUCAUUGAAACAAUUUUAAAGUAGGAAAAAUGGAACAAAAGCAUUAAAUCAUUUGGAAUUAUUAGUCCUGCAUUAGUAGGGUGAGCAAUACCAAAUACAAAACUAAACCAUUUAAUAAUCACUUCCUUGUGUUUGAUCAUUCUAAACUUGUAUUUUAUGUAUUUACCCUCCUUUAAGAACAACAGGGUUUUGAGUGGCCGUCUUUUUAACAUAAAGUACAGUAUUGAUGUAACCAUGACGACAUGCAGUGUGUUAAUGCACAUUUUAUCUUUCUGUUGUGUAUUUGUGGACACUGGUCCAACAUUUGAUUCGGAGUAUCAUCACCAGAUAUAAAAGAAAACACCUUCAACAUAGUUUGAUAUAAUAAAAUAUAUACUAGUUUACCAAAAAUGUUGAUCUAUGUAAUUUGGUACUAAACCGGCAUACAAAAAAGAAUAACAUUUAUCAUAGAAAAUAUUUGUACCUAAUGUGACUGUAUAAUCGACAAUAAAUAUGUUUCCAUUCAUUGGCCUUGUUUAAUCAAAUACUUUUUAUGUUAUAAAUUGUUUUUUGGAAGGAGGGACUUUUGCAUUUAUUAAGCAUUACUGUAUUCCGGUGUAUACGGUAAGGUAAAUGUAAUGUUUCUGAAAAAAAUUUAAAAAAAGAGAAAAGAAAAGGCUAAGAUAUAAUUAUAAUGUGGAAGUUUAUACACAGUACUGCAUGAAUCUGGAAAUAAUUAGUUUAGUCUAUUAACACUACUUUGUCCUAGCUAUAAAGUUUUGUUUGUGGUGAUAAUAUAACAUGUUUGAAUUGGUGAGGACAGCCACCCCUUAGUACUAAUAACUUCAUGUACUACCAUCUAAUGAACUGGUUAUUAACUGCUUGCUGUUAGAUUGGGGUUAUUGUGGGGGGGUUUUGUGGUCGUGUUUUUAAAAGCAAUACUGCUGAUGGUUGUGCCAUCUUAUUUCAAUUUCUAAGCAUGUUCAUUUGAUGUAUCAAAUGGUUACUUCGUUGUGCCAUUCCCAACAAUUAGCAGUCUGUUAACUAUAAGCAGGCACUGAGAACAGAACAUUAUUUAUAUUCAUGUUCAGCAACAGUGCAAGAUCAAUAUACGUAUUGAUAUUAUUAUAUUGAUAUUAAUAUUGAUAAAUAUCUAAAUGUAGACAUAUGUUAUAGAGUAAUAUUCAGAACAGCAUACAACUUGUGAAAUUGACCGAAUAUUUAACAGAUUGCAAGAUGCAUAAUGGUUGGCUUUCCACCAAAAAGUAUUAAUUAUAAAAAUGUAAGAAUAUAUCUUCACCACAAGUAGCCUAAAUAAGAGGAGCAGUAAGUACAGAAGGAAUUGGGGUCUUAAAACACGGUCAACAAUGGCUUUUUUGUUUUUUCUUCUCUUUUUUUUUGGGGGGGGGGGGGGGGGGGAGAGGUGUAACUAGCAUCCUUGUAGCAUUUCCCUCCCUCUCUUGAUCACAUGUAGUCUUUAAGUGCAAUCAAGUGAUCUCAGACCACCAUGAUUGUGUUUGUGCGGUUUUAUAGAAUAGCCACGUAGACUUGUGUGCUUCCUUACCUCAGGCUAAAAAUAGCUCAAGCUUAAUUAACAAUUAAUUGUAUGCUUAUUUUGUUACAUAUUCAUAUUUGUAUGGUUUUAUUAUUUUAUUACUUGUAAGUGUGUUUUUUUUAGUGGGGUGGGAGGGUGAGUAAUCAACCCUUUUUUUUGGUGACAUUUGUUGGUAGUAAAUGCCAUUUUUAAUUAAGGAAACAUGAUUUUUGAUUUGAGUGUUUUUGGUUAUGGUUAACAUUGAAAUGUUUAUGGUCAGACAGUGAUAUCUUAACAUGACAUUGCAUUGUUUGUUUAUUUGUAGUAGUGAAUUUGCAUAAAUUUUUUUUAUGAACAUUAUAAACGCAAUUCAGUAUACACAAAUGAGUUGUCGGCACUGAAAACAUUGUAUUAAUAAUAGAGAAGAAAAACUUUAACUUUUUCUGUUUGACUGCAGGGUAAUAGUGAUGUUAUAUUUAUUUAGCUUUGGCUCAAUUAUUAAAACUGCAGUCAUGAGUUUGUUUCAUUAUAAUAUUUAACCACCUACAAUAGAUCAUCCCCAUUCUUCUUCCCAUGAUACAUAAUUCUUCAGUAACCUGUAGGUCACUUUUAAAUGUUUCAAUUCACCAUUCAAAAUGUGGAGCAUCAGUUUGUUUUGAUUUGUUUGUUAUUUAUUGAUAUAAAUCAUGGCAGUUAAAAAAAAUGAAAUCGCACAACUGAAUUAAAGCUAUAGUUGUGUUUGUAUAAAGCAUUACAAAACGGUGUCAACCCUUAUAUGACAGGGGGGUGGAUGAGAUUACAGCUUUUACUUUAAAUGGACAUCAUUUUACAAAUUAAAAUAUGUAGUGUUUGAAUAUACUAUUGUGUAAAAAACCAAUAUCUUAUUUGAAGUGUUAAUUAAAAACACCAAAUGAAAUACUCAACUAAACUGUAGUACCUUGCAUCUAUUUACAUACAUUAACUCCAUCUUACAGUGUUCAUGAACUUCUGGUCACCUGUAUUUAACAGAAAUAAUUAGGUCAAAUAUAAUUAUUUUAGAUUUAUCCAUCUGAUUUUGAUGGGCAUAUAGAUUUUCUUCGAGACUAUUUACUAUAUAAUGAAUUUUGUAACAGAUGUAAACAAAAUGUUCAAUAUUGAUUAAAAUAUUAAUUAAUAAUCACAUGCUGUAUAUUGUAUAUUAGGAAUGAAAUGAGUUAUGGGUAUCUGCUGUAGUAGUCUGCAAAACUACGACGGAACAGCUUUGCAUGUUAUGAACGGGUCCAUAACAAUGAUGUAUUAAACAAUACUUUGUUACAAUAUGGACUUUUUAUACAAUAUUUUGAGUUACUGGAUCAGUGAGAUCAUUGGACCUUUACUUGAGAAGCUUUUCAUACAGCUUCACAUUACAUUAACAGAAUCAUGCAGUUUAAAAUUGUACAUGCAGUUGUUGUACAGAAACCCAUGACUAAAACCGGUUAGUCACUGAAAUUAGCAAAUGUUAAUGCUUCAACAUUCUCAAUAAUAAAAAAAAAAAAGGUAAUCUUU